AUGCCACCGAAAAAAUCUAAUCUCAACAACGUGAGCAGCAGAGAGGCACGACGCAAACGUGUUGAAAGAGCUCAUCAGUUGCCAGAACAAGUCGAUACAAGAAAUACAGCUCAAAGAAUUAGGACAGCAGAAGGUCGUGCACAAGAAUCUCAAGAACAGUGUAGCGAACGUCUGCAACAGAAUAUUACGAAAACAAGAGCGGCACGAGAACGUAACAUAGCUACAGUACGAGCACAAGAACGAAAAAGGCAACGGAUCAGCCGCUCAUUAAUACGUACAUCAUUCGUUCGUCUUGCUUUUGAAUAUGCACCAGAUAUUAACUACUCUGCGCAUUCAACAAUUGCUAUCGGUGGAAUGGAUAAAGUAUUUCAAUAUUGUCAGGCGUUGAAAUUUCGAAAUGAAGCUGCCGGUAUGUGCUGCGCAGCAGGAAAAGUCGUGCUGUCACCUCUACCCGCUCCGCCAGAACCUUUAUUAUCCCUUCUUGCUGGGAAUUCAGAUGAUUCAAAAUUAUUUUUGCGUAAGAUACGCAAAUUUAAUUCUUGCUUCCAAAUGACGUCAUUUGGGGCAACUAAAAUUUGCGAUCUUGCAUCCGAUGGACGUAAUUUUGAAACUACAUUCAAAAUACAAGGCCAGGUGUACCACAAAAUUGGAUCAUUGAUGCCAAUGCUUGAUGAUAAUCCGAAAUUUCUUCAAAUUUAUUUUAUGGGCAAUUGUGAAGAGCGCGUAACUACUCGGUGCCAGUAUAAUUUCAUUGAACAAGCAGAGGAAAGAGCAAUUGUGAUAUUACUGGAAAAUUUUUUAGAAGAUCAGAAUCAACUACUUCAAUUAAUCAAAAGAGUUUCGCCACGAUUGCAAAAUGACAACUAUCAAAUCGUCAUAAAAGCCGAUAAAGUACCAUUAGGUAAACAUGCCGGUAGAUUCAACACUCCAACUGUUGAUGAGGUUGCUGUUAUCAUGGUUGGUCAUCCAGUUGACAAAAUAUCUAUAAAAAUUACACGGCGUGACAACACUAUCAGUACGAUUUCGGAUCUACACCGUUCAUAUGAUGCACUACAAUAUCUAUUGAUAUUUUGGCAAAGACAGGAUGAAUAUCACCUUAACAUCAAACAGUGUGAUCCUAAUACCGGUGAUUAUGGAAAUAAAAAAGUGAGCUCAAUGAACUACUACGCACACCGAAUAAUGAUUAGACUAAAUCAGGACAACUAUAUCCUUCGAUAUCGUCAGCUAUUCCAUCAAUACAUUGUUGAUAUGUAUGCUAAGGUUGAAAGCGAACGCUUGCGAUUCAUUCGAUUCAACCAGGCUAAAUUACGAUCGGAAGAAUAUAUUCACUUACGAGAUGCUGUUGCUGGAAACAUCGACGGAAAUUUAAAUCCUAAUGACAUCGGUAAUGCUUUCAUUUUACCUUCAAGCUACAUCGGCAGUCCACGGAACAUGCAGGAAUACAUGCAAGACGCGAUGACUUACGUACGUCAUUACGGCCGACCGGAUUUGUUUAUUACAUUUACAUGUAAUCCGAAUUGGGAAGAGAUACAAACUUUAUUAUUAUCAGGACAACAAGCAAUUCAUCGUCAUGAUAUAACUGCACGCGUGUUUAAACAAAAAUUGAAAUCCUUAAUUGAUUUUAUUGUUAAAUAUUCAAUUUUCGGUAUCACACGUUGUUGGCUGUAUACGAAUGAGUGGCAAACGCGAGGUUUGCCUCAUGUCCACAUUUUGAUUUGGAUUGAAGAUAAAAUCCGUCCAGAAGAAAUUGAUCAAAUAAUUUCAGCUGAAAUUCCAGACCCAUUAAUUGAUCCAGAAUUAUUUGAUGUUGUCACUAAACACAUGAUCCAUGGGCCAUGCAGUGCUUUUAACAUCACGUCACCAUGCAUGGAAAAUGGAAAAUGUAAGAAAAAUUUCCCAAAGCCGCAUACGAAUGACACUAUCAUGGAUAUUGAUGGUUAUCCUAUAUAUCCCCGCAGAAAUACUAAGAAUGGUGGCCACACAUUUACAAUGCGACUGCCGAAUUAUCCAAAUCAAGCAGAAUUUGAUAAUCAGUGGGUGGUACCAUAUUCACCAUUACUUUCAAAAACUUAUAAAGCUCAUAUCAACGUUGAGCUUUGCAGUUCUGUAAAAUCAAUUAAGUACAUUUGUGAAUAUGUAAACAAAGGCAGUGAUUUGGCCAUAUUUGAAGUACAAAAUACAAAUAAAAAUGACGAAAUAGCACGAUACCAAAUGGGUAGAUACAUUAGCAGCAACGAAGCUAUUUGGCAUAUUCUCAGCUUUCCCAUACACGAAAGAGAUCCUUCUGUCCAGCAUCUAGCAAUACAUCUUGAAAACGGUCAACGUGUAUACUUCACUGAAGAAGAUCUUCUCCAAAGAGCGUUCGAGGCCCCAAAAACGACACUAACUAAAUUUUUUACAUUGUGUCAAAGAUUUGAUAUUUUUGGCCGAUUCGCAAAGACAUUGCUAUAUGGUGAUGUUCCGCGUUAUUUCACAUGGAGCAAAUCCAGUAAAAAAUGGGAACCACGAAAACAAGGAAAACGACAUCCUUCCAUUCCAGGUAUAUUCAAAGCUAAGACAUUGGGGCGACUUUACACAGUACAUCCAAAGCAACGUGAGUGCUUCUAUUUACGUUUGUUAUUGGUGAAUGUGCCUGGACCAACGUCUUUUGAAUUUCUGCGAACAGUUAAUGGUCGAGUUUUCAAUACAAACCAAGAUGCAUGUCGUGAACUGCAAUUGCUAGAAGACGAUAACCAUUGGGACUUAGCGCUUGCUGAUGCUGCGUUGACAUCAAUGCCCAAUAACGUUCGUCAGCUGUUUGCAAUUAUUUUGACGACGUGUUAUCCAUCGCAAGCACAAACUUUGUGGAAAAAAUAUAAAAAUUGCAUGACAGAAGACAUAUUGCACCGAAUUAGACAAACAGAUCAAUGCCAAAACAUAGAUUAUACGCCAGAGAUGUAUAAUGAAGCAUUGUGUUCUAAUUUCAAAUUUACCACUUAA